AUGCAUCGUUAUCGGCAUUUUGAUGAUGUUAUUGAUUCCAAUAAUAUAGAUUCGCCAGCAAUUUUACCUGAUAAUGAAAAUGAUGAAGCAUUUCAAGUAGAAUUUAAUCCUCAUCAUAAUAAUUAUUCGUCCAAUUUUGAUAAAUUUAAAUAUUGUUUUUCACAACGAACACGUCUUGAACGAUUUUUAAUUUAUCUUGUUUUUAUUCUUUUAUUUGUUUUAUUUUUUAUUACACUUAUUUCUCUUUAUCAUACAAAAUAUUAUUCACCAAAUACAUUAUGUUUAACAUCAUCAUGUAUUCAAAUAUCAGAUAGACUAUCUUCUGGAAUGAAUCAAUCGGUUGAUCCAUGUGAAGAUUUUCAUGAAUUUGUAUGUGGAAAUUGGAUGAAAAAAAAUAUUAUUCCAAAAGGUCAUUCAUCAUGGUCAACAAUGAAAGAAUUAUUACAAAAAAAUAAAAUUAUAUUAAAAAAUAUUCUUGAACAAACAUCAAUAACAUCAAUAUCAAAUCUUGAACAAGAAGCAAUAAAAUAUUAUCAAUCAUGUAUGAAUAUAAGUGAAAUCGAACGAUUAAAUACUGAACCAUUAGAAAACUUUUUCAAAAAUGAUUUAAAUUUUACAAUAAAACAAUGGAUUGAUUUAGAUAAAAAUCAAACAUGGCAACAAUUAUUUGCUAAUUUAAUAAAUAUGCAUCCAAAUAAACAUGAUAUGUCCUAUAUUUUACCAGUUAAAGUCUAUCCGGAUGAGAAAAAUUCUACAUGGAAUAAUAUUCAUAUUGAUCAACCGCAUCUUGGCCUUGAUAGUCGAGAUUAUUACAUUGAUUUAAAAACUGACGAGAAAUCAACAGCAAGAAAUCAAAAAAUUCGAGAAACAUAUAAGAAAGUCGGAUCCGAUAUAUUACAAUUACUCGGUUUUGAUAAAAAUGAUUCAAUCAGACGUAUGAAUGAUAUUAUACAAUUUGAAACUGAACUUGCUAUUGUUAGUUUACCAAUGGAAAUUUUACAAAAACCUGAUGCAACAUAUUAUUUAAUGCCAUUAAAACAACUUCAUGAACAAUAUCAAUCAAUAGGAUUUGAUAUCUAUUCAUAUUUUAAUAAUAUGUUUAAUAUAAACAUAACAAAUCCAAUAAAAUUCAAUGAAAAUAAUCAAAUUAUUAUUUUAUCAUUUGAUCUUAUGUCGAAUGUAUCAAAAAUUGUCACAAAUUAUUUAUCGACACCCAAUAAAAGUCAUAUUGUUAUUGAUCAUUUAUUAUUAUCAUUAGUAGUAGAACUGAUUCCAUAUUUACCAUCGAUAUUUAAACAAACUUUAUUACCAUUAAAAACAGUUCUUCUCGGAAGAGAUUCAUUACCUGAACGAUGGGAAUAUUGCGUUCAAGAAACAGAUGAUUCAUAUGGUUAUGUACUUGGUGUUUUAUAUAUUAAUACUGUAUUUGGUGAAACUGAUCGAAAAGAAGCAAAUAAUUUAAUAAAAAAUAUUCGUGAAAUAUUUGACGAAAAUCUUGAUAAACUUCAAUGGAUUGAUGAAUCAUCAAAAAAUGAAGCGAAAAUAAAAUUAAAAAAAAUCUAUGAAAAAAUUGGUUAUCCUGAUUUUAUUAGAAAUCAGACAAUAUUAAAUGAACGUUAUGGAGGUUAUCCAAUGAUAGAAAAUGAUUAUUUUAAUAAUGAAAUAAAAAUAAUAACUCGAGAUCGUCGACGAACACUUUUAAAAUAUCAACAAAAAGUUGAUCGUACUGAUUGGCAAAUGACACCACCAACAGUCAAUGCUUAUUAUAAUCCAACAAGCAAUGAAAUUGUUUUUCCAGCUGGUAUUUUACAAUCACCACUUUUUCAUAAAGAUUUUCCAAUAUCAAUUAAUUAUGGUGCUAUUGGAUCAAUAAUUGGACAUGAAAUUACUCAUGGUUUUGAUAAUCAAGGACGGCAAUUUGAUGCAGAUGGAAAUAUACAUUCUUGGUGGAGUAAAAGUUCUUUAGAAAAAUUCGAAGAAAAAACAAAAUGUUUUGUUAAACAAUAUUCAACUUUCACAUUUGAUGGACAAAAUGAAAAUGGACAAAGAACAUUAGAUGAAAAUAUUGCUGAUAAUGGUGGUUUGAAAAUAGCUUAUCUUGCUUAUGAUAAAAUCAAACAACGUAAUUUAAAAACUGAUAAUAAUCUUCAACUUCCCGGUUUAAAUUAUAACAGUGAUCAAUUAUUUUUCAUAGCAUCUGCUCAUAGUAUGUGUAAUAUUCAAACUACAAAUGGAAUACAUUAUGAUUUAACAAAUGAUCCUCAUUCACCAGCACGUUCUCGUAUAAUUGGUACCGUUCAAAAUAGUGAUGAAUUUCGAAAAGCAUUUUCAUGUAAAUCAAAAACAUCGAUGAAUCCAAGUAUUAAAUGUCAAUUAUGGUAG